GGAAAGCAACGCUGCUAUUGGAAAGUAUUUUCGGGCUGCUGGCCGCUGACGUGCCCUCCAUCCCAUCCGCCUCCCAUCAUCCCGUCAACCAGAGGUUAUACCAGCCGAGGUUACGCCCGCAAAUAUGUAAUUUACGAAUACUACAGCCAGUUCGGUGUUUGAGGUUGCAUGCGGCUGUCUACAACAUCUCGCUGCUUGUAAAUAAGUCACGUGUGCGCCGGAGCAGCUUCUGUAUUUUCAAGGUUUCUUCGGUUGUUGGACGGGACAGCUCGACUGAGGUUCCCGGCGUAUCGCUCUACCCCCAUUCCUGCGAUGCUGCCCUGCCUGCGGAGAGUCCUGCGGCCCGCCCUCUCUUUGAGAGCCGGGGCUGGGUUGGCCACAGCCGGACGCAACCACCAAACGCCCGCCCUAGCCCGGUUCGCCUCAGAUCCUCCUCUCUCCAUGCUGGUGCAGCGGUGUAACCUGGGCACACAUCCGCUGAAUGAGCUCGUGGAGCCCCUCGACUCUCCCCGGGGAGCCAAGGAGUUUAUUUAUACUCUGCAUCCGUCUGAGCGUACCUGUCUGCUGCGAGAACUGCACAAGUUCGAGUCCAUAGCCAUAGCUCAAGGGCAGCUGGAAGUGGCACCACCUACUGCAGCAGAGUUAAGAUACGUUCUACUGCAUAAUGCUAUCCCGUUCGUUGGAUUUGGAUUCCUGGACAACUGCAUCAUGAUCGUUGCUGGCACACACAUUGAAUUAUCCAUUGGCGUGGUCCUUGGCAUUUCAACUAUGGCUGCUGCUGCCCUUGGCAACCUGGUGUCUGACCUGGCAGGACUAGGGCUGGCGGGUUAUGUGGAGGCCUUGGCGUAUCGGCUGGGAAUGCAGAUUCCUGACUUAAGCCCAAAACAGGCUGACAUGUGGCAGACCAGAGUCAGCUCCCAUGCGGGAAAAGCCAUUGGUGUUGCCAUCGGCUGUAUCCUCGGCAUGUUUCCUCUUUUUUUCUUCAAGGAUGAUGAUGAGAAGAAGAAGAAGAAAGAUGGCCAGAUGGAGGCGACGGAGAAAACACAAUCACCACCUGCUCCAACAGAGAACAGCAAAAACUGAAUAUGACAUCUCGCCAGAGACAAAUGCUUUUUUGGAAUCCAUUAGAAUACUUUAAACUGGGACUGAUUGCUGUUGUCUGGUGGACUGGAGUGUAUGGAAAUGUCAUUGAACCCAGUCUAAUCACCGGGUACUUUACUGCAAGGCCCAGUCAAACUGUCAAAGGUAUUCUGAAGAGGAUUUUAGAUAUUUGAUUUUAGACUUUAAACUUAAGCACAGGGACCUGAUCAUCUCUUGAAGAGACAAGAAAUGGUUGAUUCAUUUGACCGCUGCUACUCCAACUAUUGCACCGUAACCUCACCUUGUCUUUACUGACCGACACAGACUGAAACUCAUUUAUCUAAAACGUUCCAUCUAAAACACACUGCAGUGGCCUCUUUCUCUCCUCUGCCUGGAGUCUGUUGAAUAUAUAAACCUCUGACUCUACAUGAGUAGAAGCUAGGUAAAGGUAGUGGACAGUUUGUGGGCUCCCUAAAAUAUCAAUAUCAUAACAAAACUUUGGUACCAAUGUAAAGGGGAAAAA